CAAAACAUGACCUAGCUAGCUUGAUACAAGAAUUAUAGUAGUAAGUAGCUAGCUGGCUGACCAAAUUAAACCAUCUUAAUUCUCAUAGAAUGAAGGAAGGAACCAUGGAGAAAGCCGUCCCCAAAAGAAUGAAGGGUGGAAUGAUCACCAUGCCAUUCAUAUUUGCCAAUGAGGUGUGUGAGAAGUUGGCCGUGGUGGGAUUUGCAGCUAAUAUGAUUAUCUACUUGACCACUCAGUUGCAUCUUCCAUUAACUAAGGCGGCCAAUACUCUCACCAACUUCGGCGGAACCGCCAGCCUGACCCCCUUGCUCGGUGCUUUCCUCGCCGACACCUUCGCCGGAAGGUUUUGGACCAUAACUAUUGCUUCCAUCAUCUAUCAAAUUGGAAUGACUCUUUUAACAAUAUCGGCAAUACUACCACAAUUAAGGCCACCGGCGUGCAAACCAGAACAUAGUUGCCAGGAAGCGAACUCGGGACAAGUUGCGGUCCUUUACGUCUCCCUACUCCUGACCGCUUUCGGAUCGGGUGGGAUCAGGCCGUGUGUGGUGGCAUUUGGGGCUGAUCAGUUCGACGAGGCCGACUCGCAACAAAAGACACAAACAUGGAGAUUCUUCAAUUGGUACUACUUCUGCAUGGGGGGAUCCAUGCUGGUGGCGGUCACCGUAGUGGUUUAUAUACAGGAUAAUAUUGGCUGGGGGUGGGGAUUCGGAGUCCCCACCAUAGCCAUGGCAAUCUCGAUUGUCACGUUUGUUUUCGGGUACCCUUUGUACCGGAACUUGGAUCCCGCGGGCAGCCCUUUCACGCGGCUCGUGCAAGUGUGUGUUGCCGCAUACAAGAAGAGGAAGGUGCCGAUGGUCUCCGAUCCAGCAAUGCUUUAUCAAAAUGAGGAGCUUGAUUGUGCUAUUUCUCUGGCAGGGAAGCUUUGUCACACAAAGCAUAUGAAGUUCCUUGACAAGGCGGCAAUUAUAAUGGAGAACGAGGACCCAAAAUGCCCCAAUCUAUGGAGCCUAAGCACAGUCCACCGGAUAGAAGAGCUCAAAUCCGUGAUCCGAAUGGGCCCAAUAUGGGCAUCCGGAAUCAUUCUCAUCACAGCCUACGCCCAGCAAAACACAUUCUCAAUCCAACAAGCCAAAACCAUGGAUAGACACCUCACAAGCUCCUUCCAAAUCCCGGCCGCCUCCAUGUCCGUCUUCACUCUCUCGUCAAUGUUGUGCACCAUUGUCUUUUACGACCGCGUCUUCGUGCCCGUGGCCCGCAGGAUCACGGGCCUCCAACGCGGUGUCUCGUUCUUGACCCGCAUGGGGAUUGGGUUUGCCAUCUCCAUCUUCG